UGUGUGUGUGAAAUCUGGCAUCAGACUGACCUUUGGAGAGAUAAGGAGAGGGCGGCCCUGCCCUGAGAAGGCCGACGUAAAAAGAGAAAGCUGUGUGCUGUAGGUGGAGUUAGAGGAGAUCAGAGGCGGGUUGAGGGUGAGAGAGUAGAGUCUGUGGGGAGUGCUGCUUUCACACACACAAGGCAAGGAAGUGUGAUAACCGGCUCGGGAAAUGACUGCGUGAUAUUAUUUUGUUAUUUAUUUUACACGUUUAGAGGCCAUUUCUGUGUGUCCUCACAUAGAAAUGAACGGCGAUGGCAGCAAACAGCAUUACGUGUCAACCUUCAGGAUGCAUAUCAAGCCCCCCCGAGCAUCGCCCGCACCGCCCGCCCUGGGGAAUGGGCCGGGAGGCGUUGACACCAGAGACAGAUGUUGUGACACAGGGUCUGAUAACAACUCGGCUCUCACGCGUGUGGAAGCCCCCGCCUUCAUAGAGCCACUGCAAGACUGCUCCGUGGACGAAGGAAAUGACAUCACGCUGCGGGGGGUUCUCACCGGGAGUCAGCCCAUCAAAGCAUCGUGGUUGCAUAAUGGUGAAGUGGCCCAUUUUGGGACUCCUUCCUUCAACGGCAGGGAGACGAGCUUCGUGGUGAGGGAAUGCUUACCGGAAGACGCUGGCGCCUACACCUGUUUGGCAGAGAACAGCGCGGGGAAGACGUCCUGCUGCGCCGCUGUGUUUGUCAGAGACUUUGAAACCAUCUGCGGCGUGCAGAGUUGUGUCUCAACUUCUGCUUCCAAGAGCAUUGUGGGUAAUGGAGGGCCGCCGCUGUCUGACAAAAAGGGGCUGCAGAAGUUCAAAGGACCCGUUUGUUCUUUGCCGUCAGGCUCCGAUAAGCUGAGCCCAGUCUCGACUCCAAGAGAAGUCAUCCCAAAGAAGAGAGCCAACUCGGGGUCAGUCGCAUCAUUAUAUUUCGAAAACCCUCCCCAGCACCUCGAGGUGAAGGCGGGACAAACUGCGCGAGUGACGUGUUUCUUCACCGGCAGCCCACCUGUCGUGUCGUGUUGGAUCAGAAACAAAGAAGAGAUAGUGGACGGUCCGGAGCUGUGGUCAGAGAGCACUGAUAGGAGCAGCACGCUGGUCAUAGCGGAGGCUAAACCCCAUCACACGGGCCGCUACGCUGUGGUAGUGAAGGACCGCAGGAGCUCAGCAGAACACACGCUCAACCUCUCUGUCAUAGACCGGCCUCAGCCCCCGGCCUCCGGCCCCGUGGUCUCCCUCGUGUCCGCCAACAGCCUCGUGCUGUCCUGGUCGGGCCCCUGCUACGACGGCGGCAGCGCGGUCCUGGGCUAUGUGGUCGAGGUGAAGGGCCAAGGAGGCGCUGAGUCCGUGGAUUGGAGCGAGCUCACGGCCCGGUGCGAGAGCACCUCGUUCAGAGUGAGCUCCGGGCUGCAGCCUCAUCGGGAAUACUGUUUCAGAGUCCGGGCCUACAACGCAGUGGGAGCCAGCGAGGCAGGACCCGUGUCCCUAGUGGUCAGGAUGGAGGAGAAAGGUGUAGAGAAGCCCAAAGAAGAAGAGGCCCCACCAGCGUAUUCCCGUGUCACUAUUAACUCGUCGGAAAAGGUUUCGGAUCACUACAGUUUGCAGGAGAGGCUGGGCAUGGGAAAGUUCGGCCUGGUGUUCAAGCUCACCCACAAAGAGACGGGACGCGUCUACGCGGGGAAGUUCUACAAAGGUCGCCGGGCCAAGGAGAGGGAGGCCGCUCGUAAGGAGAUCGAGCUGAUGAACUUCCUCCACCACCCCAAGCUGGUUCAGUGUCUCGCGGCGUACGACCACAGGCCCGAGAUGGUCAUGGUCAUGGAGUUCAUCGCCGGCGGGGAACUGUUCGAGCGCAUCGUGGACGACAGCUUCGAGCACACGGAGUCGGCCAGCGUGCGCUACAUGCAUCAGAUCCUGGAGGGGAUCGCCUACGUGCAUCAGCAGAACAUCGUCCACCUGGACAUCAAACCGGAAAACAUCGUGUGUGUCGACACCACCGGCACCUCCAUUAAGAUCAUUGACUUUGGACUAGCCAGCAGGCUCGACGCCAACACGCCUCUCAAGGUGAUGCACGGGACUCCAGAGUUCGUGGCGCCUGAAGUGAUCAACUAUGAGCCUGUGGUUUUUACCACUGACAUGUGGAGCAUCGGAGUCGUCUGCUACAUACUACUGAGUGGCGAGUCUCCAUUCCAGGGUAACACCGACGCCGAGACCCUCGCCCUGGUCACAGCCGCCCAGUGGGAGUUCGACGAGGAGAGCUUCGAUGAGAUCACGGACGAGGCCAAAGACUUCAUCAGCUCCCUGCUCAGCAAAGACACCAGGCGGAGGAUGUCCAGCGAGGAGGCACUGGACCACCCUUGGAUGGCGUUUGAGUCUGGAGGUCUGGCCACCACCAGGAGUCUGUCCAAGGAGAAGAUGAAGAGGUUUCUAGCCAGGCAGAAGUGGAAGAAAGCAGGAAAGGCCUUGUUGGCUCUGAAGAGGAUGGCUGUGCUGUCGAAAGGCGACAACUCUUCCCCUGGAUCUCCGACCAGCCCCGGAGAAGACUCGCCCCUGAGCCCCGAGGCAGAGCAUGCCCUGCUGUCUCUGGAGCGCAAGAUGCAGGGGCCUCCCCUCUUCACCCGGAGCCUCGAGGACCAGACGGCGAGUCGGGGAUCCGGGGCCCGUCUCUCGUGUCACCUCACAGGCUACCCUGACCCAGAGGUUGUGUGGCUGCGUGGUGACGAGCCCGUGAUGGAGUCCCCCACGGUGCAGAUAGAGUACGAGGAAGAUGGCCGCUGUACUCUGGUCUUCGCCAAAGUCGGCCCAGAGGACGCCAACGUGUACACAUGUAGAGCCAGCAAUGAGCACGGGGAGGCGCUGUGCUCAGCCAAACUCCAGGUUCAAACGUAGAGACGUUAGAUUUCCAUAUGCAGAGAUUACAUGUAUAAAGGUAUUGUUCUUGGGUGCAUUAAACUGUUGUCGCGUA